AGCUAUAUCUUUUGACUUGCUCAGUUUUCGAAUCUGACAAUAUUUUUGUUCAUCGAGGAAGUCUUUUAGAACUUCGGAUGAAAACUGUCUCAUGAAUGAUGGUGAAGAUUGGACUUCAGAUUAAGGCACGUUUGGAGUACGUAUCCAAGUUGAAUAUUCAAGAUGAGGCAUAUCUUUGGGUUUUCAAGAAAGGCUGGCGUGUUGAAGUAGAAAAUUCUCACCAAAAAUUCAACGACGUUGAUCUCACUGAAAGAGAAUGGAUGGAUUACAAUGAUUGUGCGAAAGUUAGUGUUGGUGUUUAUGAGCUUGAGCAUCGUUUCGUGAAGAUUCCUUAACAUGUCAUUAUUGUCAUGUCCGACCGUCCCAUUUCCGACUAACUGAAGAUAAAUAAUGAUGCAGUGCAAAAAAA